AUGAAUACGCUUGAUGAAGCUGAUCUCUGCUUCCCACAAUUCAACUCAUCCUACAGGAAGAUUACACGCUCUCCUGCAGUGUCCAUGCUCAUUUACAUCACCCUGUCCUCCAUCGCUGUGCUCACUGUGGUUCUCAACCUGCUGGUCAUCAUCUCCAUCUUCCACUUCAAGAAGCUGCACACGCCGACCAACCUCCUCCUCCUCUCUCUGGCUGUCUCGGAUUUCUUGGUGGGCCUCCUCAUGGUUUUUCAGAUCAUCCUCAUUGACGGCUGCUGGUUCCUCUGUGACCUCAUGUGUAGUCUGUAUUUUCUCUUAGACUAUGGGAUCACCUCGGCCUCAGUGGGAACAAUGGUGCUCAUAUCAAUCGAUCGCUAUGUGGCCAUUUGUGACCCUCUACAUUAUUCCACUAAAGUCACUCAGAGCAGAGCGAAAGUCUGUGUUCUGCUUUGUUGGCUCUCCUCUGCAGUUUUUCAAGGUCUGGUGCUGAGAGAUAAUGUGAGACAUCCUGGCAGGUACAAUUCUUGCUAUGGAGAGUGUAUAGUUGUUGUUGAAUAUGUUGCAGGAAUAGUGGAUCUUUUGUUGUCUUUUAUUGGCCCUGUCAGCAUCAUUGUGGUUCUGUAUGUGAGAGUGUUUGUGGUGGCUGUGUCUCAGGCUCGAACCAUGAGGUCUCAUGUUACAACAGUUAAGGCCUCAGGCUCAUUCAAUUUAACGACAUUAAAAUCUGAAAGGAAGGCGCUCAGGACUGUCAGUGUUGUAAUAACUGUGUUUCUUAUCUGUAUCUGUCCUUAUUACUGUGUUACUCUUACAGGUGGAGAUGCUGUAUUAAGUGCUUCCUCUGUGGCCUUUGUAAUGUGUCUAUUCUAUUUUAAUUCCUGUCUUAACCCUCUGAUUUAUGCUCUGUUCUACCCCUGGUUCAGAAAAUCCAUAAAACUAAUCAUUACUCUUGAGAUUCUGAAGCCUGGCUCCUGUGAAGCUAACGUUGUGUAG